CCAGAAUCACUUGAAGGAAACAGUUCGGACAUCAAGCGUUUCUGUAUCAAAAGCGGCUUGACAUUCCUGCAUUCCGGACGUGUCAACGCCGUCCUACUUUAUCCUCAUUUUGAAGAAUCUCUUCCUUCGCCAGAAGAAACCUGCCUUGUGUUCACUGGUAAAGCAGACCAAAGGAAGGGGCUGAUUGCUUCUCAGCUCGUGGGAUAGAAGACAGCUCUCUCCAGUCAAUCUCUAAAAGGAGCAGUUUACACAGGAAAUAUUCCCCUCUCACUAGCAAUUGGAUGGGAAGAAAGAAAGUCUUUGACCUUGGAAAAUGAAGAUGCUGUUGCCAUGGGAACUGUUAAUCCUUCUGUCAUUCAAGGACUGCCUUGCUGAGAGAAACACUCGCCAUGGACCUGUCUUCACUCAAGAGCCAAGUGACAGCAUUUUCCCCCUAAGCUCCGAAGACAACAAGGUGUUCAUCAACUGUAAAGCAAAAGGAAACCCAGCGCCGCAUUAUAAGUGGAAGGUGAAUGGGAGAGAUAUUGACAUGGAUUUGACCUACAACCUGAUUGAAGGAAACCUGCUGAUUAACAACCCUCAUGCAUCACAUCACGGAGGGGCGUACCAGUGCAUUGCUACCAACGCUUUUGGGACCAUCGUCAGCAGGGUGGCCAAGGUGCAGUUUGCAUAUCUGCAAAAUUUCAGCAGAAAGCCCCGGAAUACAGUGUCGGUGCGAGAAGGCCAGGCUGUGGUUCUGCUGUGUGGACCUCCGCCUCAUAAUGGGGAGAUCAAAUACUCGUGGGUUUUCAACGGACGACCAAGUAUCCUGCUGCAGGAUACCCGCCGCUUCGUCUCCCAGAGGACCGGCAACCUGUACAUUGCCAAGGUGGAGGCCUCCGAUGUUGGGAACUAUACGUGCGUGGUUAGGAACGCCAUGACAAACGCCACCGUGUACAGCAGUCCCACCCCAGUGGAGGUGCGCAGGGACGCUGUAAUGGGAGAGUAUGAGCCGAAGAUAGAAGUUCAGUUCCCCGAAACUCUUCAUGUCACCAAAGGAUCGUCUGUGAAACUGGAAUGCUUCGCCUUAGGAAACCCAGUGCCUGCCAUCACAUGGAGGAGAACAGACGGGAAUCCCCUCCCUGGCAAGAUCAAAAUCAACCAUUCCAACGGUGUCCUGGAAAUACCAUAUUUCAGGCCAGAGGAUGCUGGUGUAUAUGAGUGUGUGGCAGAGAACUCCAGAGGAAGCAAUGUUGCCAAAGGACAACUCAUAUUCCAGAAUGUUGAACAACUUCACUGGGUCCAGACACUGAAAGAUGCUCCUAUGGCCAUUGAUUCGAAUCUGCAGUGGGAGUGCAGGGCUAGCGGUAAGCCUAAGCCUGUGUAUAGAUGGCUGAAGAAUGGGGAGCCCUUAGUGUUGGAGGACAGAAUACUUGUAGAUGGAGGACACCUGGCCAUAUCCAGGAUCAACCAGUUGGACUCUGGAAUGUACCAGUGCAUGGCGGAGAAUGAACAUGGAGCCAUUUUUGCCAGUGCUGAACUCAAGGUUGUAGCCUCUUCGCCUGACUUCUCCAAGAGUCCUGUGAAGAAGUCAAUGCUGAUCCAGAGGGGGGGGGAGGUGAUCAUGGAGUGCCGUCCGCACGCGUCCCCUAAGGCCUCCAUCUCCUGGCGGAGAGGCGGAGAGUUUCUAAAGGACAGCAAGAGACGGACCAUCCUGAAGGAUGGCACGCUCCGUAUCACCAACAUCACUAAAUCAGAUGGUGGGAGGUACACCUGUGUGGCCCGGAACCCAUUUGGGACAUCAAGCAGUACUGGCACUCUGGUGGUGAAAGAGCCCACCAAGAUAACGGUUCCACCUCUCAGCGGGGACGCCACGGUAGGUCAGAGCAUCGUUCUUCCAUGUGAAGUGUCCCGCGACUCCUCCCUGGAUCCCACCUUUAAGUGGUUCUUCAACGGCAAACUCAUUGAUUUCAGCAGACAGGAGCACUUUGAGAUGAUUGGCGGGGGAUCAGCGGGUGAUCUAAUGAUUAGGAAUAUUCAACUGAAGCAUUCUGGGAAAUACGUGUGCAUGGUGCACACGCUGGUGGACAGUGUCUCCGCAGCGGCCGACCUGAUUGUCAGAGGGCCUCCUGGUGCCCCAGAGGGCCUGAUUGUGGGGGAGAUCACAGACUCCACAGCCCAGCUCUCCUGGGGGUCUGGGCCAGACAACCACAGCCCUGUCACCGCGUACACAAUUCAGGCCAGGACCCCUCUCUCUAUCGGCUGGCAAGCCGUAAGGACAGUUCCUGAUUCUGUGCCUGGACAGAUGUUGCAUGCAACGGUGAUAGAUUUGAACCCCUGGGUGGAUUAUGAAUUCAGGGUGGUGGCUAUCAACAAUGUGGGAGUUGGAGAGCCCAGCAUGCAAUCCAAGCAGAUUCGGAUGAAAGCUGCAGUUCCUGAAGUAGCACCAGCUAAUGUCAGUGGAGGAGGAGGCAGCAGGGGAGAGCUGGUUAUCCAAUGGGAACCUAUACCAGAGGAGCUACAGAAUGGAGAGGAUUUUGGAUAUGUUGUGGCUUUUCGGUCAGUUGGUACGAGCACAUGGAAACAAGCUGUCCUGGCUUCACCUGAUACAUCAAGAUACAUCUUCAAAAAUGACAGCAUCAUACCUCUAUCACAGUUUGAAGUGAAAGUUGGGGUCUACAACAGCAUUGGAGAAGGCCCAUUCAGUCCGGUGUUUGUAGUGUAUUCUGCAGAGGAAGAGCCAUCUGUAGCACCGCCUCGAGUGUGGGCCCAGACACUUUCAGCCUCUGAAAUUGAGGUAUACUGGGAACCCAUUUUCCAGACAGCCGGCAGUGGGAAGGUCAUUGGAUAUGAGGUCCUUUACUGGGAGGAAGGAAUGCUGGAGAGCGAUGCUGAGACUGUGACGGUCAGAGACACUACUGCCCUUCUCUCAGGGCUCAAGGGCAGCACCGUUUACCAGAUCUCUGUCAGGGCCCAGAACAGCGCUGGAGCAGGACCCUCUAGCCCGGCAGUCAACGUCACCACCAAGAAACCACCACCAAGUCAACCUCCAGGCAAUAUUGAGUGGAACUUGACCAAUUCCAAGAUCUUUCUGAAUUGGGAGCAUGUCAAGGCCAUGGGCAAUGAGUCCGAGGUGACAGGAUACAAGGUGGUGUACCGUCAGAAUUGGCUUGGGAAGAUCAGCAUCGUGGAGACCAACAGGACCAGCAUGGAGCUGCACGUCCCCUCUGGUGAGGACUACCUCAUUGAGAUCAAAGCCUUGAGUGACGGAGGCGAUGGCAGCAGCAGCGGUCCCAUCAGGAUACCAAAGAUGUCCAGUCUUAACUCAAAGGGCCAUUUCAGCACCGCUUCAAUCAAGAUCUGUGCAGUUAUGUUUAUUUUGUAUUUUCAAGGGUAACUUUAUAUGACUUUCAAGUGGAAUGCCUUUACUUAUCUCUAACUUUGGGUCAUGACCUCAUUAGAAAUUGAAAGAGUAUGACAGUAUUGAUAUAUUAUGUGUAGCUUUCACUUUUCGAGAAUGUGAAAUCAACAGCUAACUAUUUAGAGUAUUCAACGCAGCUGCAUUGCCUUACAAUUGUAUGCAUUUUUGUAUUGGAUUGUCAAAUAAGCUUCUGAGUGUUUUAUUCCUAGAUUUUAUGCAGAAAGUAUGGACUUUACAUAUAAGAAUAGUGGCAAACAAGAACAAUCUACAUGAGAUAUUUAUUUAAAUGGCAGAUUUAUUAGAUUAAUUGAGUCAUCAAAUGAAGGUACGCACUUAAUUAUGUUUAUGUGUCUGUGUAAUUAAGAAUCAAAAUGUUUACUCCCCCAUGGACAAUUCAAGCUUUUCUUUGUAGUUGCAUGUCUUUUAUUAUUGGUACUCUUACAUUAACUUACCAAUAAUUAUGUCCCUCAUCGCUGAGAUUGCUGCCAUGAUUGUUAUGGUAAAGUGUUAAAACCAUGGCUAUAUUACCCAAUGGACAUGCAGGUGUCAUGUCCUGGGGGCGGGUCUGGGGACAGAUGGCAUAUGAAAAUAGAAUAUGUAAAAUUGCAAGAAAAAAGCUUUUAAAAAAAGGUGAACAGUUUGCUUCAUGGAAUAAUGUGUUAAUUGGAAUAUCUUAGAAAUUGCUUUCAAACUGCAAAGUUUUCCCACAAUCAUGUGUGACAGUGUGAGCGAUAGCAUUACAUGAAUUAUAAAACAGUACAUUUUUUUCCAGAGAACAAGUGCAACAUUGCAGGAAAUUUGCUUUAAACCUACAAAAUGUUGUCUUAGCCUUUUUACGAAAUGCGCUGAACAGUGUCACUCUGUACCAUGGUAAAAUGUGAGGUCUGAGCCCUGGGUCCUGAAUGUGAUAGUCUGGUCAUAGUUAAAGGGAUAGUUUGCCCAAAAAUCCUGUCUUGUUGAAAUAACUAUUACCUGAUCUUGUCAUCAUCAGGUAUGUCCUUAUUUAGCUAAAGCUGCAAACUCAAAAACUCUUCAAACGUAAAACUGGUGCUGUUGUUCACCUCAAAAAAUGUGUCAAUGUUUUCUUCCCUGAGAGAAUGUUUUCAUUUUCAAUACAAUUCUUAUUUUCAA